AUGACGGAGUUAGAUGAACAGAGAGCCAUUGCGUUGUAUACCCAAUUCUUUACUGAAGUGGAGUCAGAGUCAGAGGAGACUAAUUCAACAUUAUUAGCCACUGCAACCCAUGAUGGUGGUGGUGGGUUAAGGGCAAUUGCAGAUGGAUAUGAAAUCCAUGAACUAAGUAGAAGUAUCUUUACUACUCCAUUAUCGCUAGCAGCGUUUAAGAAUAAGCUUCAGCACAUUUCUACCGAGCAGGGAACGGUCAAUGCAAAGCGAUUGUUUGGUUAUGGAGUAAAGUUAUUGGUUGAGGUGACACUAUUUGGGGUAGCCAAAAAGCCAAUAGAAGAAGUAAGAAAAAAUACUACUACUGCUACUCAUAUAGAUGACGAUGAAGAUGGUGACAUUACGGCCCAAAGAGGAAGACCUUCAGUUGAUGUUAUUAGUAGAAGGAAAAGUAAUAAUAAUAUUGUUAUGCAUGAUGAUGAUAGUGAUGGUGAUGAUUUAACUACUUUAAAGGGUGCUGUAGCUGAUAAUGAGUUUAUUUCAUUGGAUGAUGAAUUACGAUUUGAAUUGGUAUGUAAUAUUCUUCGGAUUCUCCAGUGUUAUUUCGUUUAUCUUGAUGGUAGUUUUUUUGAUUUCUUGAUAAAUGAACAAGAUAGAGAUCUUUUGGUAAGAUUAUUAAAGAAUUGUGAAUUCUAUUUGCAUAAAAUGGUUGAAACCAUUGAAAGCUCAGAGGAAAACUCAUUUCCAAAUUUAGGAGUGGUUAAAGAAUUGAUUUAUUUGGUAUAUUACAUCAUCAUCACUUAUCUGUAUGAAUAUUUACAAUUUUUGAAUUUAGAAUCCCUAUCAGAACCUCAAAGUGCCAAUGACGUCGGAGAUAUUGUUGAGAGCUUUGGCCAAAGGCAGAAUAACGAUGACGAAGAAGAUCAAAAUGAAGGUAAUUUGGAAUUUUUAUUUCUGUUCAAUCUUUUCCCUCCUUUAAUUAAUAGAAUCCUUUCAAUUACAGAUUUUAAACCUCCAAAACUUACAUUACUGUUGAAAACAUUAACAAAAUUAUAUACCAUUAAUUUUCUUACGGAUUACUUGACCAAAACGAAAAGGCAUUUAUUCAGAGGGUCUAUUCCAUAUAAAAGUGACAUUGAAUCUCAAAUUCCUUACAAGCUUAUUCCCAUAUUACUGAUGGAUUUUAAUUAUUAUUAUGGAUACCAACCGGAUUUAAUGAUCCACCAAUUAUCUUCAAAAUCGUUUUUCCAUUGGUUAACAGGUAAUCGUUUCAGUGGGAAUGCAUAUUUGAAGUAUCAAACUUCAAAUUAUAUCACAAGCUUAUAUGAAAAUUUGGAUCUUAGUUUGUUUGGAGAUUUCAAUAAAGAUUCCUUCUUAAAGGAACUACAAACUAUUCAAAUCCGUCGUCUGAGAAGAGAUACUUUAUCUGAUCCCAAGGAAUUGGUUUCAAUAUUUCUGAUGAUAUUUUUGAAUCCUGAAUCAUUAAUUAGAUCUAAAAAUCUGACUGAUAUGCAAAAUGAUGAAGAUCAUAUUGAUUUUUUGGAUUUAUGGCUUUGCUUGUCAUCAUAUAUUGUACAGUAUCAACAUAAGUCUUCAUUCCUUCAAUUAUUAACUAGGAUUAUACUUUCAACUUUACAUAAUUUGGUGAAAAACUACGAAGACGAAGUUUAUAACUUAACCAUUAAUGAAGCCAAAUGGAAAUUAUGCCAUCAAAAGGCCCCCUUUAUACCAUUGAACAAUGAUAAUCAAUGGAUAGUUCCAUUUGGAAAAUAUUUAUGUGAUAUUCUUCAGGUGAUGUUACGGUUUAAUUUGAAUAAUAAAUUCAAUGUUGAAAAUUAUAGGUUAACGUUGGAUUUAUUAUAUAAAUUGAUUCUGUCCGAUAAGCUAGCAUCAUCUACUUAUAACUUUGUUGAGUUGGGAAAGAGUAUAUUCAUUGUGCUUGAUUUUAUUUCCAAGAAACAUAAUUCAGUGAUACGAUAUGCUAUUUUGGAAGAUUUAUUAUUAAACUUGGAUUUAAUCUUGUGGAAGUCCAAGUUUGAAGACUCCCAUUUAUUAUAUGAGUUCUUACAUAAGAAGCAAAUGCUUUUUGGACUUAUGACAGAGUCAGAUAUCAAUCCUCCACACAUUGAGUCAUUGAUCCAGUUCUUUGAUGGUAACAUUAAAUUGGAGGAUAUUAAAGAUGAAGCUGAAGCUGAAGAUCUAAUAGUGAAAUUGGUUGAUGGUGAUAAAGAACUUUCCAAGUCACUCUUGGGGGAACUCAACUAUUCGUACAAAUUCAAAGAUACUUGUAUGUAUGUUGAAGGAGAGAUUGGGGCACUGGAAUUAAUGGUUGAGAUAAUGGAAUACAUGAAUAAUAUGAAGAAUAUUGAACCGUGGUAA